AUGCUAUUCAAUCCGCCUCAGAUCGAGAUCACGGAUUGCGAUAUGCCUGAAUGCGAGGCCCUCGUUGAGAAGGACGUCCGAGCAGCCUUCCUUCGAUGGCGAGACCUAUAUCGCACGCAUAUACCCCGCACAAUCGACCGUCCUCUCUGGGAAUGGUCGUCUGCCCUUGCGAGGGUCGCUGGUGUUACAGAUAGCUACCCUCAAGCCGUACAUCAUGAGAUAUGCGACUUCGUAGAUGAAGUUGUCUCCCAUGCCGACUUCUUUGAGGAUGCUCCAAGUCUCAUAGCGAAUGUUCUCCAUAUACUGUCAUCCUGCCUGCUUCUGAGACCGGAGGAGCUCAAGAGGUUGAAGCUGAGGCGCGAUGAAGCACGGGCGGAUCUCGAGGAGAAGUUCAUCGGUCUAUUUGUGAAAAUAUGUCGCAUCAUUUGGACCCACCGCUGUCUCCUACUCUCGAAAGGCAACUUCGAUACAAGCACAUUCGGAACGAUGGCGUUGGUCCAGGAUAAAUUGCAUGUCAUGCUCAUGGUAUACUACACGAUCCGUGCCAGUAACGAACUUUUAGACGACUGUGGGGCUCCAUUCAGGACCGAUGUUUUCGUGCACCCGGGUCACGAAGAUGUCCGUCGUAUCGCAUUGCUGUUGUGGUUUCAUUACGACAACACGCAGGAGGUAAAGAAUCGUGAGGAGUUUGGCGCGUAUAGCGAAGACACUAUAUAUUGGAUUAAGGAGAGCACGGAAGCACUAGGGUCAGGCAGGGAAAUGGAGGCCUUCAUCCUUUCAGACAUUCUCUCCGAGUAUGGGGCCCGCAGGUUCCUGGCACGCCUCGCCGUCUCACUUCAACGCAUCGCCCCUUUCGCGGGACGAGAUCUUGACGCGAUUCUCUGGAUCAUACGGUUUAUCACGUUGCGUCCCGAGUUUGUGGACCAUCUCGCGACGUGCGGUGUACUGAAGAAUCUUCACGGUGCACUGUCACGACUCAUACACGAGGUGAACGAUGAAGGAAAGACCAAAGGUAUCAUCCUUAAGACGUUGUUUGUAUACAGUGGGGUCGCAGCAAGAGCAUCGAUACCCAACGGACGUGCGGUUAUCAUCCGCCAGUGUGACGUCGUGGGCCUGCUCGCCUCUGUUACCUUAUACGUGACCAAGAUGCAACUCUUCGAUUUUAUGAAGGAAUGUUCAGAUUAUAUCGACGAUUACGUCUCCUUCUCGAAGUUUAUGUGCGAGCGUCACAGCAGGAACAACGUCCUGCGCAAGUCUUUGACACAGUCGGUCCGCAAUCACUGGUACAGGACGUUACAGAUGCUGCGCAGUUACAGGUCAACAUUUUCUCGUGAUGUGAUUGUCCACCACCGCGCAAUCGAGGGUCCGUGGCUUGCGCUCGGAAAUGCUCUCGGUUUGGACGAAGAGCGGGAGGCGGCGGAGUACGAGCGCGAGAAAAAGCGCAUGGCACAGUACUGCUCGCGAACAGCAUGUCAAUACCACGAGACCAAACCUCCCAUGCCACCCAAUGUUUGCAAAGGUUGCGGCGACGCACGCUAUUGCAGCAAGACGUCAGCGAAAAGACUGGAAGGAAGGUCAUAA